GGGCCCCCGGGUGGGAGGCCCGGGUUCCGCUCCGGGGCCCCGGGGCCCCGCGAUGACGCCGCGAGCUCGGCCCUCGGGCUGCGCGCCGGCCGCGUCCCCGCCUGCUCGGCCUGGGGGGCGGUCUUCGGCCUCCCGGGCCCGACGCCCCCUUGUCUUCGUUCUCGGAGGCCGGUCAGAGAAACAUGGCAGCUAGGCGAAUUGCACAGGAGACUUUUGAUGCUGUUUUGCAAGAAAAAGCUAACCGAUAUCACAUGGACCCCAGUGGUGAGGCCGUAGGUGAAGCUCUUCAGUUUAAAGCUCAAGAUCUUCUAAGGACAGUCCCAAGAGCCAGAGCAGAUAUGUAUGAUGACAUUCCUAGUGACAGCAGAUAUACUCUGGCUGGAUCUGUAGCCCAUGCUCGAGACACUGGAAGAGAAAGCCUGCGAGGUGAUGUAUUUCCAGGACCUUCCUUCAGAUCAAGCAAUCCUUCUGUAAGUGAAGACAACUACUUUCGCAAAGAGUGUGGCCGGGAUCUGGAAUUUUCCCACCCUGAAUCCCGAGACCAGGUUUUUGGCCACCGGAAAUUGGGACAUUUCCGUUCUCAGGACUGGAAAUUUGCACUCCGUGGCUCUUGGGAACAAGACUUUGCCCACCCCGUUUCUCAAGAAUCCCCUUGGUCACAGGAGUAUAAUUUUGGUCCUUCUGCACUCCUGGGGGACUUUGGUUCCUCCAGGCUGAUUGAGAAAGAGUGUUUGGAGAAAGAGAGUCGGGAUUAUGAUGUGGACCGUCCAGCGGAGGCAGACUCUGUGCUCAGGGGCAGUGCCCAAGUCCAGGGCAGAGGCCGAGGUCUAAACAUCGUUGACCAGGAAGGGGCCCUUUUAGGAAAGGGAGAGACUCAGGGCUUGCUCCCAACUAAAGGGGGAGUUGGGAAACUUGUCACACUAAGAAGUGUGAGCACAAAGAAAGUACCCACUGUAAAUCGUAUUACUCCCAAAACUCAGGGCACCAACCAAAUCCAGAAAACCACCUCAAGUCCUGAUGUGACCCUGGGGACAAACCCAGGGACAGAAGAUAUCCAGUUUCCCACUCAGAUCCCUUUGGGGCUUAAUCUGAAGGAUAUUCGGCUCCCCAGAAGAAAGAUGAGCUUUGACCUCAUAGAUAAGUCUGAUGUCUUUUCAAGAUUUGGGAUAGAAAUAAUCAAAUGGGCAGGAUUUCACACCAUAAAAGAUGAUGUUAAAUUUUCCCAGCUUUUCCAGACUCUCUUUGAACUCGAAACCGAAACCUGUGCUAAAAUGCUUGCUUCGUUCAAAUGCUCCUUAAAACCAGAGCACCGAGAUUUUUGCUUUUUUACUAUCAAAUUUUUAAAGCACUCUGCUUUGAAAACACCCAGAGUUGAUAACGAGUUUUUAAACAUGCUUUUAGACAAAGGUGCUGUGAAGACCAAAAAUUGCUUUUUUGAAAUCAUAAAGCCCUUUGACAAGUACAUCAUGAGGCUUCAAGACCGGCUCCUGAAGAGUGUCACACCCCUGCUCAUGGCAUGCAACGCCUAUGAGCUGAGUGUCAAGAUGAAGACCCUUAGUAACCCCCUGGACUUGGCUGUUGCCCUGGAGACCACCAAUUCUCUCUGCCGGAAAUCUUUAGCCCUUUUGGGACAGACUUUCUCCUUGGCCUCCUCUUUCCGGCAAGAGAAAAUCUUAGAAGCCGUGGGCCUCCAAGAUAUAGCUCCCUCUCCUGCCGCAUUUCCAAAUUUCGAAGACUCUACUCUGUUUGGGAGAGAGUACAUCGAUCACCUGAAGGCCUGGCUGGUCAGCAGUGGGUGUCCCCUCCAGGUCAAGAAAGCUGAACCUGAGCCAGCCCAAGAGGAGGAGAAAAUGGCUCCUCCUACCAAACCCGAAGUUCAGGCCAAGGCUCCGAGUGGUCUGAGUGAUGCGGUACCCCAGAGAGCGGAUCACAAGGUGGUGGACACCAUCGACCAACUGGUCACUCGUGUUGUUGAAGGCAGCUUGUCUCCCAAAGAGAGAGCUCUUCUCAAGGAGGACCCUGCUUACUGGUUUCUGUCUGAUGACAGUAGUCUGGAGUACAAGUAUUACAAACUGAAGCUGGCAGAAGUGCAGCGGGUCAGCCACACCUUGCCGGGAGCAGAUCAAAAGCCGACAGCAGCCGAGUGUGCAGUCCGGGCCAUGCUGUACGCCCGGGCCAUCCGGAGCCUCAAGAAGAGGCUCCUCCCAGGCCGGCGGCGGGGGGGGCUGCUCCGCACCCAAGGGCUCCGGGGCUGGAAGGUGAGGAGAACAACCACUGGGACCCAGACCCUCCUCUCCUCAGGCACCAGACUGAAACACCAUGGCCGGCAGGCUCCAGGUUCAUUGCAGGGAAAGCUGUCCCAGCCAGACGGAAAUGAUACUGCCAAGGACUGCCCACCUGACCCGGCCGGACCCUCUCCUGGGGACCCCAGCCCAGAAGCCUCGGGCCCAUCCCCCAAGCCGGCAGGAGUGGAAGUCUCUGGAGCCCCUCAAACCUCGUCUCCCUGCCCAUCUGUUGACGUUGACACAAAGACCAUGGAGACUGCGGAGAAACUGGCCAGAUUUGUUGCUCAGGUGGGACCAGAGAUUGAACAGUUCAGCAUAGAAAACAGCACCGACAACCCCGACUUGUGGUUUCUCCAUGACCAAAAUAGUUCAGCCUUCAAAUUCUAUCGAAAGAAAGUAUUUGAACUAUGCCCGUCGAUUUGUUUUACAUCGUCUCCACUGAACCUCCACACUGGUGAGGGCGCGGAUUCUCAGGAAGGCCCCCUUGAUCCCAUGGAAGGGGAAGGAGAGUUCGAAGAUGAGCCCCCUCAGCACGAGGCUGAGCUGGAAAGCCCAGAGGUCAUGCCUGAGGAGGAGGAGGAGGACGACGAGGAGGAGGACGACGAGGAGGAGGGGGGUGAAGAGGUCCCCACUCCUAGAGGGUCCUCCAGGUCCGCAGGAGGGGCGGCCAAGUCCGAGGGCUCUGAGGGCAGCCCCCCCACCGAUGGCCUCCCGAGUGAGGCGGCCGAAGAUGGCCCAGCUGGGGCACCUGUGCUGUCACAGGCCUCCUCGGGGGCCUGCUUCCCCCGGAAGAGGGUCAGCAGCAAGUCCCUGAAGGUCGGCAUGAUCCCAGCUCCCAAGAGGCUGUGUCUUAUCCAGGAGCCCAAAGUUCAUGAACCAGUUCGCAUCGCCUACGACAGACCUCGGGGGCGGCCCGUGUCCAAAAAGAAGAAACCCAAGGACUUUGACUUCGCCCAGCAGAAGCUGACUGACAAGAACCUGGGGUUCCAGAUGCUGCAGAAGAUGGGCUGGAAGGAGGGCCACGGCCUGGGCUCCUGUGGGAAGGGCAUCAGGGAGCCCGUCAGCGUGGGAACUGCGUCGGAAGGGGAGGGGUUAGGUGCCGACGGGCAGGAGCACAAGGAAGACACAUUUGACGUGUUCCGUCAGAGGAUGAUGCAGAUGUACAGACACAAACGGGCCAACAAAUAGGUAUGUGUGGGAGCUGGUGCAUGGGGCGUUCCGCCCAAGCUGACGUGCUGGUACGUAGAGGCGGUUCCUCCCCCAAAACCAAACAGGAAACCACACACACACACACACACACGGACGUGCACGAAAACAUUCUGUGAGGGUAACAAGGAGUGUCUGGAUGUGGACGUGUCCCACCUCUCCCCUUCCAGGUUUGGUUGAAGGCGCGAGCCCGGCGCUCACAGGCGUGCAGCCCGCCAGCGGGCCUUGGGAGGGGCCUGGUGUCCCGCGAGCGUGAGGGCGAUCUGGAAACCGGCGCUGCACCGCGCAGCUGCUUUGCCACAUCCCUUUUCUGAGCAUCUUCAAAUCCUUUUCCUUCUCAAGGGCCUUGGGCCCAUAUAAACAUUCCCUUCUUUCUCUUCUCUUCUUAGUAGCCUUCCCACCUGUAAUUUCCAACUCAGUUAUGAACAAAAUCAUUCUCUCCCUGAAUAGAUGAAACCAUUGGUGAGACAAAUAAGGCUCGAAGCAGCAGUUACUCUUAAAGCAGCACCUCUGCCCGGAUCUGCCCUGGAGCCAGUGGCCAAGUAGGUCUGGUGUGUCCACGAGAGACGAGCGCCUCUGCAGCUCUGGUGUGGAGGUCCCGCUGGCUUUUCUUCUUAAAAGAGAGUGCCCCACUUCGAUCUGCUUUUUGCCUUUCCCCCUCUUCCAAAUGCUUGCGGCAGCCAGUCCCCUGCAAGUCUUUCCUGGCUCCCACCACAGAAGGUGGUGCUGCCCUUGGAAGCACCGGUCCCUUGUUCGUGCUCCGGCGCCGGCUCUGGUCGGGUCUCCCGUCGCAGGGCGCCUUGCUCUCUGAGGUGCUCUCUUUGCAAACUUGGUGCCAAAAUGAUGACAGAUGGGGGCUUUUCAUUGCUUCUAGGCCGUAAAUAGGGGCUGUAAUCCGGUAUUAGUGGAGUCUGCUUUGGCACACAGCCUGCGGGCUGGGGCUCAGGAGCUCUCCGAGAAGCGGAGAUGCUGGAUUCCACGAACGCGUGACUGAUGGAGGCUCGGCUCUUACAUGCCUCCCGAGAGACGGAGUGGAAGUUGAGCGACAGGAUAACAGAGCUGUGUUUGGUGGGGAGUAAUCAUUAUGUUAAUGAAACUUCCCUCAAAUUCGCUGAUCUCCCUAGAAUCCACAAACUGCAGUUUGCUUUUUUGAAAAACCACAUAUGGAGUCUCUUCUACGAAGGGGCGGGGGUGUAGACUCUUCAGGAAGCUUCGUUUCUGGCAUGCACCUCAGGGCAAAGAAUUGUGUUGUCAGGGCCCUUGUACAGAACAGAAAGCGUC